UGUGUGUUGUUAGGUCGCGCUGUAAAGUGGGGAGGGCGACACAGCCCCGCGUUUUUGAACUGAACUUUGCUCCGUGCAUUUUGGAUGUUUCGCCCUGUUUCUUCCUAUCGCCCAGCCCGAAUACUGCGUACGUUUGUGUCUCUGUUCCCCGAGAGGAAGACGAUGUUGAAGCUGGCGGGUUACGGCGCCCUGGCGGCGGUGCUGUGGCGGUACGGCGGGCUGGGUUGGGCGGGGGUGGUCGGAGGUAUCACCGCCGUGUAUCUCGCCACGGGCGGCUGGAAAUUUGCUCGGAUCGUGGCGCUAACUUUGCCGAGAGAUCUUCAUGCGCUGACAAGCCUGCUGAAGUUCAAGAUGGCAAUGAAGAAACAUGCGAGGAACAAGACCACCAUUCCAGACAUGUUCAGGGAGACAGUGGCCAGGCAUCCCAACAAGGUUGCUUUCCUGUACGAAGACCAGGUGUGGACAUUCCAAGAACUGGACGAAUAUUCCAAUGCCGUUGGGAACUACUUCAGCCAGAUGGGGUACGGCAGUGGGGACGUCGUGGCCCUGUACAUGGAAUCCAGGCCCGUGUUUGUAGCCAUCUGGUUGGGCCUGGCGAAGAUUGGGGUCGUAGCUGCCCUGAUCAACUUCAACUUGCGAAUGGAGUCCUUGGCACACUGUAUCAAUGUGUCACAGGCAAAGGCACUCAUAUUUGGGGCGGAGCUUUUCGAAGCGGUGGUAAAGUCCCGGUCGCUGCUGAAUAAGGACCUCCAGUUGUACUGCCAGGGACGUCCGUCCAUGCGCGCCAUCGUAUCGUACACCGACCUGGACCCAGAGGUCGCCAGCGCCCCCAAACUCCCCCCACCAAUGGCCAUCACAGAAAAAGCUACCUUCAACGACACUCUUCUAUAUAUCUACACCUCCGGCACGACUGGUUUACCCAAAGCGGCGGUCGUGAAAAACAGUCGUUACUUCUACAUGGCCAACGCCGUCCACCACUUGUUCGGACUGCGUAAAGACGACGUGGUGUACUGUACGCUACCGCUGUACCACACGGCGGGCGGGAUCCUCGGGGUAGGGCAGGCACUCAUCUUCGGGAUGACGGUCGCUGUGAGAAGGAAGUUCUCAGCAAGCAACUUUUGGGAUGACUGUGUCAAAUAUAACUGUACUGUUAUCCAGUAUAUUGGUGAAAUCUGCAGAUACCUACUGGCGCAGCCUUCGCGCCCUGCGGAGACGCAGCACCGCGUACGCGUGGCCCUGGGGCAGGGGCUACGGGCGCGCAACUGGGAACACUUCAUGGAGAGGUUCGGCAUCAAGCAAGUAGCAGAACUGUACGGAGCCACAGAAGGAAACGUAAACAUCGCCAACGUACCAGGUAAAAUUGGAGCGUGUGGGUUCAACUCUGCCAUCGUGCCCUGGUUCUACCCCAUCAGACUGGUGAGGGUGGAUGAGGGGACAGGGGAGCUACUCAGGGGGCCUGACGGACUCUGUAUCCCCGCACAGGCUGGUGAAUGUGGAGAGCUUGUAGGGAAGAUUAUACAGGGGGACCCCAUGAGGGAGUAUGAUGGGUAUGCUGACAAGCAGGCUACUAAGAAAAAGAUAGCCUAUGAUGUCUUCAAGAAAGGAGAUAUGGCUUUCUUAUCAGGUGACGUCCUGAUGAUGGACGAACUGGGCUUCCUGUACUUCAGGGACCGGUCGGGCGACACUUUCCGCUGGAAGGGCGAGAACGUGUCCACCAUGGAGGUGGAGGGCGCCGUGAGCAGACUACUGGACCACAGGGACACUGUGGUGUACGGGGUGGAGGUUCCAGGCCUGGAGGGUCGAGCAGGCAUGGCAGCUGUAGCAGACCAGAACAACUCCCUAGACCUGAAGAAGCUGGCCAGCAGUUUGAAGCAGGCCCUGCCUGGGUAUGCCAUCCCCAUGUUCCUCAGACUCACCAAGAAUGUGGACACUACAGGUACCUUUAAGUUGAAGAAAACGGACGUACGCAAAGAAGGCUUCAACCCGGACGUCAUCUCCGACCAGAUGUACUACAUGGACUUGUCCGCUGGAACGUACAAGCCGCUCGACUCUGCCGCGUACCAAGAUAUCGUCAGCGGGAAAAUACGCUUGUGAUAUCUUCCACUUUCCCACUUAACAUGUGUAUUAUGUGAUACAUUGGUCACAAUUCUUAGGCUCCCAACUAGUUGAAGAAUUAGGGCUAAUAGAUAUUUAAAGAAUGAGAAAAAAUGAUGGGAAUUUUUAAUGCACACAAUAGAGUUAGGUUAUCUUAAUUCAAUCAGUCAAUGAGCCAAUCAGAAGUCAUGGUCAUAAUUAACUUUACAUGGUCUAGACCAAUGACAGCUUGGAUGCCAGUCAUCCUAGUUGUAGUCCACUCCCACUGAUUGUAACCUUUCAGUGGUAUGGAGCAUAUUAAAGCUUAUACUGCUGCCAUCCAGGCUAGCACUGACAACCAUUGCCAUGCAGAAAUAUACUUAAAUGACAAAGUUGUGAUUUGGUGAACAAACUUUAGUAAGUUGAACAGUAUUAGAAACUUGAAAUCAAACCAAAUGACUGCUGUAUCCAUGAUAGAGGUUUUCCCUUUUAUUGAAAUCAUAUCGUUGUUUAUGAAGUACUUUUUUAAGAUAUUUAUGCUAAAUUGAAAACUUAAGGUAGAAACAAGUGUAGAUUUCAUCAGAAACUAGGAUGUGGAUGGUUAAUGAAUUCACUAAUGAAAAUGAAGGAGUGGAUAAUGACAAAAUCAUCACCCCUCCAGAAACAGAAAAUGGAAUAUCCCUAAAUUAAUGUUCAUGAUGCAACCUAUACACAUGUAGCUAUUACUUAUAAGCAAAGCACUUUUAGGGGAUAGUCUUAAACUUAAGAUAUUCUCAGAUCUCAGGUGUAGUUUGUUAAUUUGUUUUUAUAAUUGUCUUGUUUUCUUCUUGUUCCAACCUUUUUUUAUAUUUUCCUAAUUGUGGAACUUUUAUUAUUACUUUCAAUACUUGACUAUUCCUUUUUAGUAAAUGAACACAAACUGGCUAUGGGUAGAGAAAGUUAACCAUGUUUCAGGUAGAAUUGGGAAGGUAUACAAUUUCCAAUAGCCUUUGAAAUCUGAAUAUAAUGGUAACAAUUGGCCUAGAAAUAUUUACAAGACACAUAUGAUAGACACUGUAAGUGGGGAUGCUUUUUUCUAAAUGACUAUCAAAAUAGAUUAAAGCAAUGCAAAGCUUAUAUGAAUUUAGGGAUAUCUUUUUCAAACACACUGUCAAAAUGUGUAAGAUGAGAAAUUGUUAGUAAAAUAUAACGCUGAUAAGAAUUUGGAAUUUUAAAUUAAAUGGUAUAACUUAAUGCUUGUGGCUCUUUGGCAAGGAAAAGUAUAUGUAUACACUGUGCAUGCAUGAAAAGAACAGAAAAGCUUUAUUUAGGAAGAAUUUCAAGUAUGUGAAUCACAAAGUACUUAUAACUUAAAAGAGUAGUAUGUGGGACAAGUUGUGUGUUCUCAGAAGGUGGGAUGUUUGGACGGAAACCUUGCUGUUAUGUAAACACCCAGUGUGCACAGCAACCUUGUGUUGAUCGGUAACCUAGCAACAAGGAACGCUGUUGAUGUGUCGUCUGCAGCUUAUUGUGAAAGAGAUUAGAAGUUAUCCCCGCCAAUGUUUAUUCAGGAUGUGGACAAAGAAGUUUAUUUCGCACAAGGUGUUUUUUCGUGAAUAGGUACAAAGAAGUUUUAUUGCUAAAUGUUGAAUGAUGGACCUUGAUAAUCUUAUUGAACACACACUGUUUUUUUUUUAAAGAUUAUUCAUUUUUGGCAUCGCCUCAGGGGUGGAGCCAUAUGUAAUCAUAAUGUUAUUGCUUAGAUUGUCUUGGAAUUGCCUUUUAUCACUUUUGCUUUAAUUCUCUUGAAAGAAUUAAUGAAUUUCUCUAAGUCAGAACAUCACAGAUUUUGAAAUGUUCCUUGAUCAUAAACUUGACUGUCCAAA